AUGUUUAAAGGUCUAUGCUUUGUUUCUCUUGGCAGACUUGAGAGAGAGAUGGUGAUUCCACCGGCAGUGAGACCACCGCGACUCUUCGACUACCUCAAACCUUACGUCCUGAAACUGCAUUUCACAAACAAGUUUGUUCACGCCCAAGUCAUCCACUCACCAACAGCCACAGUGGCUUGCUCAGCGAGCUCGCAGGAGAAAGCAUUGAGGGAAACAAUGGGGAUCACACGCGAUGUGGCUGCUGCUGCAAAGAUUGGUAAGAUUCUUGGGGAGAGACUCUUGAUGAAAGAUAUUCCAGCGGUCACUAUUCAGAUGAAAAAAGAGCAGAUGUAUCACGGUAAAGUCAAAGCUGUCAUCGAUUCUGUCAGGGAAGUUGGCGUCAAGUUGCUUUGA